AUGCCAUCAACCAGCGCCACGGAGGGCGCCCCUCUCGCCGACUAUUUCUGGAUUGCGGGCGUGGAUGGCUCCGAGAUCUUGGACACCUUCAAGCGAUUGGGUGAGGACUAUCGCAUCAACGGCGCCGCCUCCCCCGGCCCCGCGCUCGCAGAUGCCAUCCAGGAAGACGCGGACGCCGAGGCGGAACACCUACCGGACGGAGCCUCCCGGCCCAACUCGACUCUCUUUGCCGGCGUCAGCAACCGGCGCAGCUCCAACCGCCUAUCGACUCUCUCCCGCAGCGAUUCCGACCAGCCGAAUGGGACCAGCAGCAAUCGCAGCAGCGUCACAGUCAAGGGCGCUUCCUCACCGCUGCGUGUGUCCGCGUUGUUCUCGGAGGACUUUGAUUUUGACCAGGCGCUGCUGAAAUUCGCCUCAGAGCGAGAUACCUUCUUGACGGACAUGAGCUUGAGCGCUGGAGCCAUUACGCCAAACUCGCGUCCGCGAUCCCGCGUUCGCACUCAAAAAAUCGUGUCCGAGGAUUCGCCGUCCCAGGGAUCCAAUCUGCUCAGAUCGGGUAUUGGAAGUGUGCGCCGACAUAUGGCGUUCCGGGAUAUGAAUAGUAUGAAGAGGCAGCCGUCAAUUGCGCGACAAGCUUCCGUUCGCACAUCUCGACGACUUAGCAACUACAACUCGGUGAUCCCAGUCCCGCAGCCCCUCGAAAUCUCCCCCACAAUGCACCCGUUGAAGCGGCGGUUCGAGCCCGUCUUGCUCGACCGAUACCCCACACGAGGCAUGGCCGACGAGAUGAAGCAGCGGGGUAAUUUCCCCGACUACGUACCCAUGUUUGCCUUCCCAAAUGAUAUCAACAUCGUGUCCUCGGACCAGCGGCCGCGGUCGACAUGGCACGGGUUUGCCAUGACAACGGACAAUGGUUCGAAGCUGCAUGGAAUCUGUGUGCUCAUAUGGAUCCCACUGAACCCCAAGGCCGCGGAUGAGCUCGAGAAACGCUGCGAGGAGUGGCGGAAGGACAACAUGACGGACGAGGAGCGUGAGUUGGCAGCUAGUCUGGGCGAGCGUCUUGCCUUAGAACGGGCAAAAUUGUCAAGGCUUCUUGCGCAGCUCCCGAACGUGCCCUCCGGAUCCGAAUCUCGCGAGCAACUCGAGGACGAGAUCAGCGCUGUGGAGGAGAAGAUCGGACUCAUGACGGAUUUGUUGCGCCCGGUGCGACACGCUGCCUCAUCGAAGAUUGAGGGCCUCACGGAUGGUGACACCGGCUUCUGGAUUCCUCGUGCCUACGGCAUCCUUGGCCGCGAGGCUAACAUGACGAGCUUCUGGAAGGAGUGGCUUAAAGCGAUUGUUGUGCCUAUGACAGAGGGUGGGGUGCAACGUGUUCCGCCUAGCUCGCCUCGGAUGGGCGUCUGGCAGCCGCUGGAGCGCUAUGUUAUGAACCUCUGUACAGAGGCGUUCUGCCCUGUCUCUUCGAAGACGCAGGUCGAGCUUGCAAUCCGCGAGUUGCGGCUGUUCGCUCGACAAGAAGCGUCAAACGAGCUUCCUGGCUCGCGCAAUACCGACCUCUAUGCCUUGUUCCGGACAUUGUCGGUUUCUAACAUCAUAAUUCUCUUUGAGUACGCUUUGACUGAGUCUCGCAUCAUUUUCCUGUCCUCCCACACCUCCAUGCUCUACCUCGCAACCAGAGCCCUGGUCGACCUGCUCUUCCCGAUUCAAUGGACGGGCGUUCUUAUUCCCGUCCUCCCCGCUCGUUUGGUCCAGGCUAUUGAAGCGCCUUGCCCAUACAUCGUGGGCAUCGAGCGCCGGUAUGAAAAGGUCGAAUUGCCCAGCGACGACUUUGUCCUGGUAGACCUGGAUGCCGACAUAAUCGAGAGUACCAUUCAGCCGACCCCUCUCCCUCGCCACCAGCGCAGGAAACUCCUGUCGCUCUUGCAAAUGGCUGCACCCCACCACAGCCGCUGCGGUGUUCCCACUGGGCCCCCAGCGUAUGCGAUUGAGACCUACCCAUGGGACACGUUCCUGUCAGAAAGCGCAGCCACAUACACCUCGAAAGCACCGCCAACCAACCUUGCCAAGUAUGUCGGUCUGAAUUCCAGCGCGUUUGGCUCGACCGCUGUGCUUCCUGGCUCCUAUCAUCCUCCGAUCUUCAACGCGUUCCUCAAUGCCCGUCAUGAGCAGUCAUCUUCGCGUGGAUAUUCGUCCAAGAGCUAUGAUCGGCCAGGAACCAGCUCCACAGCCAAGGCGAGUGCCUCUCCGCCAUCCCCCAGAGAAAGCUCCCCUACUUCAGGUCACUUCCCUCCGCCUCCACCUACACCCGCUUCUCGGAACGACUCUGGAAUGGCGCUGCAAGCUUCCCUGCGCGAGAAGCGUUCUGGCCAUUUCGAUGCCGCAUCUCGGAGAAGCUCGUCCUUUGGAAUGACGCGGCGCCCGAGUGCACCCUUCCUCGGACAUGCUUCGAACCUCUCCGUCACCACCCUCAACACGGACGCCGGCGCAGGAUCAACCUAUGCGCCAUCGGUGUACGCCCAAUCCACUAUUGCCGCCUCGACUAUCGUCCCGCAGGCUGCUGUGCAGUGCAUCAACAACGCCGAAGGUACGGCCUGGGUGGAGGGCCACUAUUUCCAGACUCAGCCAUGGGACGACAAGUUGGUUUGCGCCAUUUGCGAUGAUCGCGCGGAGGAAGGCAUGUACAAGUGCUCGCAGUGCAAGUUGACUGUUCACAACCGGUGUGCGUCCCAAGUCUGCCUGGUCUGUGAUGCUGCUUUCCACCCAGAUCAGAUUCGCGCAGCGUUCGUAAGAUGCUUUGCCAGCUUGUUCUAUACUUACAAGAAGUUCCUUGUGCCGACCAGUGGCGAUAAGAAGAAGGCUGGGAUGUACUACGCGUUCAAUAUGGAUGCUUUCAUGAAAAGCCUUCCACAUGAGCAUGCUGAGUACAUUGCUGUCCUGCAGCAGACGCAAGGUUUCAAUGAGUUCAUUAGUGAACGAGAGCGGACCAACCCCAAAUCCAAGGACUCGAAGAUGGCGCUGUUCGACGAGAUUGUGCUCUCGAAGCGCAACCGGGGCCGGACCUCGAUCUUUUCUGGUCGAAUGACCACUGACUUCUUGUCUGAUACCUCCAACCACCUGUGGCGGACUGCCAGUGCCACGUUCUUUGCACCAAGCAGCCGUAGCCAACCGAAUCUCUCCGGUGAUUACAGCCGAGUUGCUCAAAGAGGUGAGCCCGCAAGUCCCUCUUCAGCCAGCCCGAGUGCUCCCGCUAACGUCUAUCCCACCACAGCACCUGCCAAACUCGACGCAAGCCUUAUGAAAGAACCCCGCAUGAUCCAUGGAGCUCCCCGGGUGUCCAAGACGGCAAAUACUGCCCGCAGGAAGCCGCUGCCUAAGCUUAUGAACGGGCUGGCGAUAUCCCCACCGAGUUAA